GCCCGCCCGCGAGCAUCCCGGUCCUAGGACUCUGCGCUUCGCUCGGCCCGCGAGCGCGCGGCACGAAGGCGCGUCGCCAUCCAUGCCCCGGCCGCGCGAGCAGGAGGCGCUCGCAGCCCCCGGCGUGUAAUGCGAGGCUGAGCGCGUGGCGGCCCGCGUCGUGCCCUGCGGAGCCAGGCGCGGGAGGUGAGGGGCGCACUCCAGCUCAGCUCGCGGCGCGCGGGGCGGGGCGCGGCUGCUGGGGGGGCCCGGCCGCCUGCGGGGAGCCGCGGAGGAGCAGGCGCGCUGCGGACCCGAGGGAGGGCACGGUUAAAGCUUUGCCAUCAAUUCGGAGUCCAGAAAGUCCGUCCUAAGCUAACACGCUAACUCUGCAGCCUCCCUCACGACCCCAAGCCACCGAAGGCGGCGACACCUGAUCCAGGGACCCAAACACGGGUCCCUUCUGUCCCCGGAUACAAUUACGCGGCGGAGACACACUCAAACUCACGCGCAGCAGCCAAGAGCCGAGCUAUGAAGUCUUACACUCCGUAUUUCAUGCUCCUGUGGAGUGCUGUUGGGAUAGCCAAGGCUGCCAAAAUCAUCAUCGUGCCGCCAAUUAUGUUCGAAAGCCAUAUGUACAUUUUCAAGACGCUAGCCUCGGCCUUGCACGAGAGAGGCCACCAUACAGUGUUCCUCCUCUCUGAAGGCAGAGACAUCGCGCCAUCUAAUCACUAUAGCCUCCAGCGCUACCCAGGGAUCUUCAACAGUACCACCUCGGAUGCUUUCCUGCAGUCCAAAAUGCGGAAUAUUUUCUCUGGGAGAUUGACAGCAAUCGAACUGUUAGACAUACUGGAUCACUAUACCAAGAACUGUGACAUGAUGGUUGGCAACCACGCCCUGAUUCAGGGUCUGAAAAGGGAGAAGUUUGACCUGCUGCUGGUGGACCCUAAUGACAUGUGUGGAUUUGUGAUAGCUCAUCUCUUGGGGGUUAAAUAUGCUGUAUUUUCAACCGGCCUUUGGUAUCCCGCAGAAGUGGGCGCUCCUGCACCCUUGGCUUACGUCCCAGAGUUUAACUCACUCCUCACAGACCACAUGAACCUCCUGCAGAGGAUGAAGAACACCGGCGUUUACCUCAUUUCCAGAAUAGGGAUCAGCUUUCUGGUUCUUCCCAAAUAUGAAAGAAUCAUGCAGAAGUACAACCUGCUGCCGGAGAAGUCCAUGUAUGACUUGGUCCACGGGUCCAGCUUGUGGAUGCUGUGUACAGACGUAGCCCUGGAGUUCCCGAGACCCACCCUGCCUAAUGUUGUUUAUGUAGGAGGAAUCCUAACCAAACCGGCCAGCCCACUGCCAGAAGACCUCCAAAGGUGGGUCAAUGGUGCUCAUGAGCAUGGCUUUGUCCUGGUGUCUUUUGGAGCUGGCGUCAAGUAUCUGUCAGAAGACAUUGCUACCAAACUGGCCGGCGCUCUGGGGAGAUUGCCCCAGAAAGUGAUUUGGAGAUUUUCUGGAACCAAACCAAAGAAUCUGGGAAACAACACCAGGCUCAUAGAAUGGUUACCGCAAAAUGACCUGCUUGGGCAUUCCAAUAUUAAAGCCUUCCUGAGCCAUGGUGGUCUGAAUAGUAUUUUUGAAACUAUGUAUCACGGUGUGCCUGUGGUGGGAAUCCCACUUUUUGGAGACCAUUAUGACACUAUGACCCGGGUGCAGGCAAAAGGCAUGGGGAUACUGCUGGAAUGGAAGACAGUGACUGAAGGAGAGCUGUAUGAAGCACUAGUGAAAGUUAUCAAUAACCCCAGCUACCGUCAGAGGGCUCAGAAGCUUUCAGAAAUCCACAAGGAUCAACCUGGUCACCCCGUCAACCGGACUGUCUAUUGGAUCGAUUACAUCCUCCGUCACGAUGGAGCUCAUCACCUACGUGCUGCCGUCCAUCAGAUCUCUUUCUAUCAAUAUUUUUUACUGGAUAUUGUCUUCGUGCUUUUGCUUGGUGCUGCCUUGUUUUACUUCCUCUUGUCAUGGGUGACAAAAUUUAUCUGCAGAAGAAUUAAAAGUCUGUGGUCAAGCAAUAAGCAUAGCACAGUGAAUGGACAUUACCAUAAUGGAAUCCUCAAUGGCAAGUAUAAAAGAAAUGGCCACAUUAAACACGAAAAGAAGGUGAAAUGAGCCAACAGCCCACCUGGUAGUAACAAAUCUAUUCAGUCAUUGAAUUUUUAUUGCUACAAGUUAGUCUAACAACUACUAAAUUAAAAACAUCAGUAAACAAUUCUAACACUCCCUUAUCUGAUCUUAUUAAUGAAAUUCUGUGGAAUUAAGAUGGCUGUAAAAAGCACAAACCUAAAAUGCAAAAAUGUAUUUUAUUCGAAUACUGAUACAGGUAGUUUUGGCACUGAACCUUUUAGAAGCCUUAAUUAUUUAAAUCAAUUAAGUGACUGUGUCAGACUUCAGUUUUAAGUCUUGACAUAUGUGUGUCCCGGAUGAGGAAUGGUUCAUUUUCUCUUAGAAAGGUUUGUCUGUGUGUGUCUGUGUGUAUGUCUGUGUGUGUGUGUGUUUCCUAAAUGAGAGACUUUUAGCCAGCUGCUUGUUAUAUUUGUUGACGGUACAACACAUCUAAGAAUGAAAUAGAAAGACAGUUAGGAUCCAGAUGUUUCUCUUCUAGAACGUAAUAUAUGGGAACUCAGAAACAGUACCACGAAAGAACACAUUUUUCCUCAAAAGUGAAUGCAGGGGAAGGAAAUGCAAAAGAUAAAUGGCACCUGUUUUUGUACUUUGGGGUUUUUUAAUUUGUUUCCUUUCUUUCUUUUUUUUCUUAACAAUUGGAUUCUUCUUGGGGUGGUGGGUGGGAAACAUACAAUUAAGUAAAUGUAUAAAUUGGUUGUCAUAGUUUAUUUUUAUUUCCCCCCUACCAAUAAUUUGCCUCUGGGAGAAUUUUAUAGUUUUCUUCUAUUUCAUUUGAAUGAAUAACAUUAUCUUAACUAUAUAAUCCAGACAAAGCAACCAAGCUCUAAUUUUUGUUCAAAAUACUGAAGACUACUGCUUAUAUAGCAUCUUUAAACAGGGCCAUUGUUUGAUGACUUUUCUAUAAUGUAAUUUUUGAAUGUUCAGAUGUAAUAUUUCCAAGGUUUUAACUGAAAAACCACCUUCUUCAUCCCCUUUUGGUGUCUGGGCCACACAAUCUCUUAUGUAGGUGCCAACAUUUAAUUCUUUCCAUUGAAUCUUUUGCUUUUCUCCAUAUUGGUACCUGCUUUGUCUGAGAGGUUUGAGAUCUGGUUACCAAAUCAAACUUUCCAUGACAUACAGAAGUGACAGAGAAAUUGUACCACUUGUUUGUGAAGAUGAGUUCCCACUUCCUCGUCACUCCCUUCACCUCGCUUCAGUCUGCUCUGGCUCUUGGAUCCAUUGUGGCUGACGUGGGGCAGACAGUGUUCGUCUGAGAAUGGGGUGCAAGCCACAGACAUCAUAAAAUCAGGACCUCCCCGCUGGACCACACACUCACUGGCAUCUAGGAGUUCAUUCCACGUCAUUCUGUUUACUUAGCAUUUGCACUACACUUGUUGAGUGUAUGCUCUAUUUAUUUGUAGUUCGAAAUCUUCUGUCUGACGGCUGAAAGGAGAAAACUACAGCAUUUACCUAAUGGCUUUCACUAACAGGGGAAGAGUUGUGAAAAUUCUAGAAUGCUGUAAAUCCUUGUCAUACACUAUGACAUACAACUUCAUCAACUCCCACCAGGAGCCACUCUCCUGUACUUAGAAAUAAUGUCACAAGUAGUUUUCUAGUGUACAAUGCAGGCAAAUAUAUUGCUCUCUGAAUACUUGAAGAAAUGGUAUUACAUAUAUAAGCCUAUUAGUUAUACCUUUUCACAAUCUUGUAAUAUUGCCGUUAAAGGGAAAGAAAAACGCAGGCAAUGAGUGGUGGGAUGGCAACAGGACUUAGAGUGUAUGACUGAGUUGAUUUUGCUUUUUUGGAAUUGGAUGAAGUUGACAGUAGGCAUUCACUGGACGAUUAAGCAUGAGUUAAUCUCCACUGUGAUAAGAACUUAAACAAUAAACAUGAUUUAAAAAUAGAGAAAUGUUGUUGGAAUAAAAUUUUUAUUCAGAUUUUAUUUCACAAUAUUAUGUAUAUCCAUUAUAAACAUGUUUCUGAGACAGGUCUCCCAUCUUUUAUAUGUGUAUAUGAGUGUGAAAACAGUGUGUUACAUGUGAGAAUGUUUUUUUUUAAUUAUUAUUAAACAGAGGGACUUACCUUACAAAUACAUCAACAUGGAUCAUAAAAUUGUCCCAUAAUUAAGAAUGUUAAGUGUAGGUAUUUACUGAUCAUUGUUGUUGUUGUUUUUUUAGUAAGCUUAUUGUUAGCCAGUUUUGGUAAAUAGAGUGAUUUUAAAUUUUCCACACUUGGGCUAGAUUCUCUAAUAAAGUAAAGUUUUCAUGAA